AAAUGGAUUCAAAAAUGUCUGUUUCUGAGUUCGAAGAAAAUAAUGAAGGGACUCAGCAACCAAAAGAAGAGAUAAACCCAUUUGAUGAGGCACUUUUUAUCAAACUUGAUGGAGAUUAUGGCUCAAAAUCUCCAUUUCGAAAGGUGAGAAGUCCUGAUAAGGUUGAUCUUGAUGAUGAGAAAGUUCCUCCACUUGUUCAACUUGACUUAAGAUUUGACCUCCUGAGGGCAUUUCUUGAGCAAAUGCAGAAGGCUGUCAAUCAGCAUGCUGAAAUUAUCAAUAAUGUCCAAAAAGAGGUGAAAUACAGGUGCACUGAGAGCUCAAUGGCUGAUUACCUUGAAAGAAUAGCUAGUGGUCUCCAUAAGGACUGUGGUGAACGCUCUUAUAAUCUCAGACUCAAUGAUGAUCUUGCUAAUAAGCAUCACCAAACUGAAGAAAGUCCUAAUUUCAAAAGAGCUGUUGAUAAACUUAUGGGCAAAAUGGAAGUCGUCUCAGCUCAUUUGCUAAAAACAAUUAAGAACCAAAGCAAGACUGAUAAGCGCCUUACGAAAAUUGAAAAGGAAAUUGUACAAAUCCAAUCUGACCACAUCAGCAAGUCUGACUUUGACUCUGAAAAGAGAAGAAUGCAGAGUGAACUAUUCGAUUACCUAAAUGAUAACUUGGAUAAAUUUAAAAACACUCUUGAAGAUCAUGCCCAAGACCUUGAGAAUAAGAAAAAUCAAUGAGAUAAUGCAAUCAAAGAAAACGAGACCAAGACUUUAUGGAAAAUAAAAGACUGAGAAGAGCUCCUUCAGAAGAGAGUGAGUGAGACCUUUGUGAAUGAUUCAAUCUCUUUGCUCGAGAGCAAACUUAGCAACAAGAUUGAUAAAGGACACAAAAGAGCCAUCUCCCAGGCGCUUCUCAAGGCAGAAGAGAAGGUUGACAAUAAGAUGGCUAAUUUUGAGAAACUUACCCAACAAGAGUUUAAUUCAUAUAAGAGGACACUUGCUUAUCAUGACAAUGAAAUUUCUAAGAGAAUCACUACAGGCGACCUCAAGCCUGUGAAUGACUCUAUCAAAGAAGUUAGAAAUGGAUUUGAGAAAGAAAUGGAAUCGAUGAUGGAACAUAUCAACAAGUUCUCAGAAUAUGGAAGAAGAAUCGCUUCCAUUGAAUCCUUAACCAAAAACAUCUCUGGGCCCGUCCUGCAGGAUGGCAGCUCUGUCAAUGGGAAAGGAGAAGGAGCCACAUCUGAGUAUAACGCUGAGCUUAGCAUUAAGAACAAGAUGGUUGACGACAAGCUCAAGAACUUGACUGCUGCUUGCGAUGCUCUAAAGUCUGACUUAGAAAACAAAGCUGAGGUUAGUGAAAUGAUCAAGAUUGAAAAUACAAAAGUUUCGAAAGAUGAACUCCUUGCUCUUCUUCCUUCGGAGGAAUCUAAGGAUGUCCUGAAGGAAGAAUUCAAGAACGAAAUCGCAUAUUUCCACAAAUCUAUUGACGAACUAGCUAGAGCUUGGGACCUUAAACUUGUCAAAUUGAGGAAGGAAAUUGACUUGUUCACCAUAAAGAAAGAAAUAGGUAAAAGAGCUCUUAUUGAAGAAGUCAAGCAUGACUUUCAUGUCAUCCAAGCCAAAUGCAGCAAGGUCGAACAUCUGGUUAGCAACUUCUCAUUUGAAAUCGAUGGGUUCAAGGACUUUAUCAAAAGAGUUAGCAAGAAUAUUUCAGAGCUCCAGGAUGUCAACCGAGAUGUCCUAGUUGGGAAUAAGAACGUGAACUGACUUUCUUGUGGAAGAGGCGACAAGAAAUUUAUACCAACAAUGCCUCUGAUUAAAGGACAAGAUGGAAGAGGGGUUUAUAAAGGAAGUGUUACGAAGGGAUACAACACUAGACUGGACAGGUCAAUCACAGACGCAGAAAUUUUAGACAACAAGUUCUUCACAAAUAGGAGGGAGAAUAGUCCUCCAAAGGUGAACCAGUCUCAUACUCAAAGUCGGAAGAAGUUCUCUAAGCCAUCUUCUGGACUUCCUAGGAGACGUUGCACCACUGCAUUAUCAAGGAAGUCUAAUUCUCAGACUGGAGUCAGGAGAAACUACAAGAAUCCGUCUGAAUCUCAGAACAUGGAUGAUUCAAAUGUGUAUAAAGACGCAAACACUUAUGAGCAAGUUAGCUAAGCUUUCAAUAAUCCAUAACAAAA